ACUCUAUACCUGAAAGAGAAAAAAAAAAUUCAUUGAAACAUUUUGGUACCCUUUUAAAGAAUUUUAUAACUAAAGUCUUUAAAUGAUCUCUUUUGCCUAAAUUUACAAGGAUGAAAAUAACAAAAGUUGCUCUUUGCAAAAUCCAAGUUAUUAAGGUACUGAAUGUCUCCAUUAAUACUUUCACAAAAAUCUAUAACUCCACAUACCAGGCUAUUUAACAAUAGCAUUUCAGUUGCUUGCUUACUAUUCUUCACUUUGAUCACAAACCUACAUAGCAAAGCUUCAUAUUCUUUUUUAAUUCUGUGGAGCCUAAAUUUUGCAACUUGGCCUGAUAAAUUUCCUGUUAAAUGGAUCUUACAUCCUUUUUAUCUUUCUAAUGAUUAACUAUACGAAUAACUAAUUACAUCCAAUCACAGAAGAUGACAAAUGUAAUACAUCUUCUCCAUGGAAAUUUGACAGAGCAGUAAAGGAAUAUUUUUUUCACAGAAACAUUUCACACAAUCAUAACUUCUCACUAGAACAUUUGAAGACAUGACUGUCAAAAAGUAAUGUCACUGUUUAGAUGACAAAAAAAGAUUUUCACAAAAUGCCAAGCUUUUGUUAUGUAAUUUAAUUUUUAUUGGUGGAUAAAAACAGACAUUAUUGUAUCAGUUUGGACGUCUAAGACAACAAACUUGUCACAAGCUAACACCCAACCACUUGGCCAAAUUUCAUGUUUGGAAGCUCCGUCAUUAGAAUAGAAAACAUAUACUAAUUAUCAUGUACCAGGAACCAACAUCUUCAUAUUCUGUUGGUAAACAAAUGUCCUCAACUGACAAUUAUAGUCGGACAAUUUUACCGGAAGACAACUGGAAAACUACAUCAUCUGGCACAACCUCUAGUACUUCUGGCACAGUUAGUACUUCUGACACACCUAGUACAUCUGGUACAGCUAGUACAUCUGGUACCUCGAGUUCAUAUUAUGGGAUAUCGCACCACCGAAAAUCAUUUCUGCAUCGAUUUGGAGAAAGUACCAAAGCCUUUAAGUGUGAAAUCUGUCGUAAAGCUUUCUCACGACGAGCAAACUUAAGAAACCAUGAACGGGACCAUGCCACAGAGAGUUUCAAAAACUUGGCUUGUGGUUUCUGUGGCAAAGUAUUCAGCCAACGAGCUCACCUGCUGAGCCAUGAACGUGUUCACACUGGUGAACGUCCAUUCUCUUGUGCAAUAUGUUCAAAGUCAUUUAAUCAAAGAGCACAUUUGCAAAACCAUGAACGUAUUCAUACAGGCAUAAAACCUUAUGCUUGUUACGUUUGUCGAAAGGCAUUCAGCCAGAGGGCACACCUCAUCUGUCAUGAACGGAUUCACAGUGGAAUAAAACCAUAUGUCUGUGUUGUUUGUUGCAAAGCAUUCAGCCAGCAAGCCCAUCUUAUCAUCCAUGAACGCAUUCACAGUGGAGUGAAACCUUACCAGUGCAGCAUUUGUUCGAAAGCAUUCAGCCAGCGUGUGCAUUUAACUAAUCAUGAGUGUGUCCAUAGUGGUCAGAAGCCAUAUUCUUGCUUUGUGUGCUCCAAAACGUUUAGUCAAAAGAUUCAUCUCCAGAACCAUGAAAGAAUUCACUGUGGAGAAAAACCAUUCAAGUGUUCCAUAUGUGACAAAGCUUUUGCACAGAGUGCAAACUUGAAAAAGCAUGAAUGUAUGCACAUGGGUUUGAAAAGAUUCCAAUGUGAUAUCUGUAGUAAAGAAUUCACGCAGAGAGUGCAUUUAAUCAAUCAUGCAUGCACACACACAAAAUGUAAAUUGUUUUACUGUGAGGUGUGCAAAAAGGGUUUCACUCAGCGAGCCAACUUAACCAUUCACCUUCUCGUUCAUUCUGGAGAGAAACCAUUCAAAUGUGGCACAUGUCAGCGUGGAUUCAGCCAGAGAGCAAACCUGAAAAAGCAUGAGUAUACACACACAGCUGACAAACCAUUCAGCUGUGCUGUGUGCAGUAAAGGGUUUACUCAACGGGUAAACAUGCAAAAACACAUGCGCUCUCACACUCGUGAAGAAGUCAGUCGAGCAAUGCCACCUGAGCAGCUGUCAAAGGACACAUCUACAACAAGCAUGUCACGGCAACAGUCGCAUCACCAUCACCACCACCACCACCAUCACCGUAAUCAUGGUCAUCACCACAACCAACACCACCACCAUCACCAACAGCAUCAACAACAGCAGCAACAGCAGCAGCAGCAGCAGCAACCACAACAGCAGCAGCAGCACCAUUCAUCUUCCGCUAGGGAAAACCCGAAUUCAAACACCUCUCAUAAUUCUAAUUCCUCAACAAGUGUAAGUACAACAUUGUCAACUGCAGCUAAUGUAGUGUCCAGUUCUACUUCUUCUGUUGCCACUGCUGCUGCUGGGGCUGCUACAGUAACUGUACCAGUUUUCUCCUCAAGCAUCUCCUCCACACCAACUAUGAAUGCAUCAUUAACUUCACACAACUCUAUGUCAUCCGUUCCAGCCACACCGCCGCCACCAGCACCAAGCCCAUCAUCUCAUGCUCACUCCCGCUCAGCUGCACUUCGUUUGCAGCCCCUUGCAUUGUCUUCGUCCUGGAUGUCUUCGACCUGGGAAUCGUGGGAAUCCAAUUAUGGUUGGUCUCGCGGCUUCCAAGUCCCGCCAAGGUGGAGCUCGAGCUGGGCAAACUCCUCGUCAAAUCUGUCAUGCGGGGUGAGGCAGAGCAAACAGCAAAACAAUCGGUCACAAAACAGCCAGCAAGCUGGUGUCAUCUAAAUUAAUUCAGGAAUUUAAUGGUGAGUUUGAAAAGAUUAAUUUAUACAAGGUGACGCUAUUUAAAAUGUUCAUUAAAAAAAAAAAUAAUAGACGAUCAAAUCGGGUCAUUUUGACUUUAACAGCAAGGGAGACUCUCAAACAUCUACAACAUUUGCAAAAAUUUGACAUAAUAUGUAUUAAAAUAUGUAACUUGGGAGUGAGAUGUGAUCUCUCAAUUCAUCUACAAAAGCAGCAACAACCUAUUUGAUCCAAACCAGUCUGGAAAGCAGAUAUAAAACAAUGAUGAUAGUGUAAAUGUUUCUACAAAAAAAAAAUGAAUAUGAGCACUCAAUACAUUGUGUAUUGUCAUUGUCAUGGCAACAAUCUCAUCAUCAUCAUCACCUAAUCUUGCUCAUCACCACAACCAACACUACCACCACCAACAGCAGCAGCAGCACCAUUCAUCUUUUGCAAGGAAAAACUCAAAUUGAAACGCCUCCCAUAAUUCUAAUUUAUUAUAAUGUAGUAGAUACAUCAUAACACUACUUUUACUUGACUCUAAGUUUCAUGAUUGUAGAGCAUUCUUCACAUGGUCAGGCCUGGAGGGAGAAACUUUCACUUCAAUCAUAUCUGUUUUAAGGAUGAUCGACUUAGCACAAAUGUCAAAGUCAUGGUAGUCUUACUUGCCUAUUUACACAUACACACAAACACAUAUAUUGAUAUAUGCAUAUAUUUAUUUUUACACACACACACACACAUACAUGUAUGCAAACAUAUGCACACACACACACACGUAUAUACCUAUACACAUAUUCUAAUGCAUAUGAUAUAUGUGUAUAUAUUUAUAAUGUGUGUGUAUUAUAGAUGCAUACAUUAUAU